CGUGUUGGUAAUUAUUGAAAUAUGAGAUUGAUCUAGAAUGUUCGCGGGCUUUCCUACGUAUCGACUAUCGAUGUUCGGCCCGUUAGGCGUUCGGGUACAUGUUAUAACUUCUAUGUAAAACUCAUAUCCGCAAUAAUAGACAGUAGACGCCUGCAGCGCAGCUAAGUGGCGACUGACGAUAGUGACUAAUGACUAAAUGAUUAAUUUAUUAUUGUAAGAACAAACUAUUAUUUGAAAUUCGAAUACGACUAUCAAGUAUCAGCGCCCCAGCCCCCAGCGGCUUUCCUGUGCGGACACGGGACAGUGUGAGUUUUCGAAUGUUCGUGUGUUUUCUGUGUUCGACGUUCGUCACUAAUCCUUCUCCUCCAACUAAUUAUUAUUAAUUUUCUAUUGAUAUUCCCUUGGAUACUGGAAUACUGGAUAGUUAUUACUUAUUAGUUUACUCUGUUCUACGCAAAUUGUCAAGUCUACGCUCAGCUGCCUGUUCUUUGUUACAACUUCCAAAUGUGGUCGGUUGUAAACAUUAAAAAUGACAACUCUGUUGAAACAGUACCAUCUUUUUGGAUGAAAAAAGAUAAAUGUGCCUGGCCGAAAAAGAAUCCCACAAUGUUCAUUAAACGUAGGAUAUUACCUAAUAAAUUUGAUUUUGAAUAUCUGGAUGCAAGAAAAAUAGGCAAGGACUAUGGUAAUAUACUUGAAGCUAAGAGGAAAACAAUACAAGCUCAAGAUAAUUCAAAUCUGUCAUCCGCCAAUGAAGGCAAUGGAGAACUGCUUACUAGACAGCAAAAGAUUAAGAAAAAGUUUUUAGAAGUAGAAAAUAAAAAAAAAUCCAAUGCUUUGUGGGAUGACAUCAGAUCAGAUACUAACUCAUCUGAUGAUCAUGGUUAUGAUGAAGACAAAGAUCCUCCAUAUUCAAUAUCUAAAAUGAAGGUUCUUGGGACUCCACCUUCUGGGAAUAAAUGUUCAGCUAAUACUAUCGAAAGUGAUGAUACUAACAAUUUAACUCAUUCGUAUCCAGGAACAUAUAAAAGAAAAUUAGAAUUUAGCAAUAAAUGCAAAUCUUUAAGUCCAAAAUUAAAUUCUUCUACAACAGUCGAAAAAGAAAAUGAUUUAUUCUAUGAUACAAAUCAUGAGAUACUAGUUACAUCUGCAUCCCCGUUCAAGGUAACUACUUCAUCAAAUGCUCCUGCUAUUACUAAAGAUAUUGUUACUGAGAUGUCUGAUACUGUAAACAAAAUCAACAGAACCACACUCAACAUCUGGUAUGAGGUUAAAACUUUCAGUGAAAGACUCGAGAAAUUAGAAAACACUAUUUCUUCAACAAAAAAUCCAGAGGUUGAUGGAAUUAUGGCAGUUACAGAUGAGUUUUUUGACAUUCUUUAUAAAUUGCCACUGGAAUCUGAAGAAGAACUGGAAAGUUUUGAGAUAAAAUUAUUGGACGAUAAUAUUAAAAAAAAAAUGAUGUCUGAAUUAUCACGGAUUGUACGUCCAACUCUACAAAGCACUAUAAGGGCCAUGCUAAGAUUCCUGUUUACAGAUUCCUUAUUGAUGAAUUAUAGCUAUAAGGGUCAAAAAAAGAAAAAGAUUUUCUCCACAUUAGUUGUUUGCUCAUUAAUCUUCAGUUCAUAAAAAAAGAUUGAAAAAUUUAAAAACAGCAAUACCAUCGAUAUCGAAGUACCUAUUAAAGUGUUUAUUGCUGGUGCCAAGUUUAGGUCAAAAAAACCAAACAAUGACACUACAAUAGAGACAGCUCAUCAUCAAUCUAAUUAAUUUUAAAUUUAGGAUUUCACAAUAAUAUUUUUCAGAGAUACUCUCAUAUUAUGUUACUUACUUUAAUAUUUUAUUCAAUUAAAUAAAAAUAACAUGCAUUGUAUUAAAUUUAGCAGAACAAUAAAUAACACUUAUAUACUAGUAAUUAACCAAUAUUUUUGAUUUGACUUUUU